AUGAGUUGGGCAUUGCUGAAGCAUCCGGAUGGCGUAAGCUGCAACAUUUUCGUCACUCACUGCUGGGCAGAAGGGAUUUAUGAGUUCCUUGACCGAGUAGAGGGGUCUUGGCCUGGAGGCGCUGACGAAGGAGCGUACAUCUGUUCCUUGUCGAACCCGCAAGAACAGGACAUCUCGAGCUUGUUGGCAUCCCCGAGCGCAUCACCUUUUGCGUUGGCGCUGAAAUCGGCGUCGACUGUCAUGAUCACCAGUAUCUACACGCGUCUCUGGUGCGUCUACGAGACCUUCCUGGCUUUUACGUGGCAAAAGGAAAUACGAAUUGCUGCGGCACAGCCUCGUGGUAUCUGGCUUUGCAUACUGCGAGUUGCCGCUUGGUUCAUUGCAGUUAUGGGCGGCAUGCUUCUUCUGGAGCUACGCCAGAUUGCGCCGGUUCCCUGCUGUCCCGUUACCUAUUUCUGGUGA